CCUAAAAAAUGACACUGAGAUUUAGGUUAUGUCAGUCUAACCUACAACAGACUAAAAAUGUUUAAAAAAGGUACUUCACAACCUAUUAAGAUAUUCAACUUUAAAAUCCCGAAAACCCUUUUCUAUGCGAGCACCGCAGCUGCCGCUCUUGGCUUAACUUGUCUCAUUAAAGAAUGGACCGGGGGUCCUAAAUUACAACCCUCUAUUUCGGCAGAAGACAAAGUCGUGAUUGUCACAGGGGCUAACACUGGGAUUGGUAAAGAAACAGUGAGAGAUCUCGCAAGACGCAAAGCUAAAGUGUAUAUGGCUUGUCGAGAUUUGAAACGAUGCGAAGAAGCUAGGGCUGAGAUAGUUUUAGAAACUAAAAAUAAAUAUGUUUAUUGUAGAAAAUGUGAUUUGGCGUCAUUGCAAUCAAUUAGAGAGUUUGUGAAACAGUUCAAAUAUGAGCAACCACGUCUGGAUAUCUUGAUUAAUAAUGGGGGGGUUAUGAGGACGCCAAAAUCUAAAACUAAGGAUGGGUUUGAAAUGCAGUUAGGUGUGAACCAUUUGGGGCAUUUUUUGUUAACUAAUUUGUUGUUAGACAGAUUAAAGGAAUCAGCUCCUAGUAGAAUUGUUAAUGUCUCAAGUGUUGCGCACAAAAAAGGCAAAAUAAAUAAAGAGGAUUUGAAUAGUGAACAAAAUUAUGAUCCUGCAGUUGCUUAUGCUCAAAGCAAAUUAGCCAACAUUUUAUUUACUAAAGAAUUAGCAAAAAGAUUGGAAGGCACUGGCAUAACUGUGAAUGCAGUUCAUCCUGGAAUAGUCAAUACUGAAAUCACCAGACACAUGAGUUUUUUCAACAGUUGGUUAGCUGCUAUUUUAAUUAAACCAAUAAUUUGGCCAUUUAUCAAAAAUCCGCAUCAGGGGGCGUACACAGUGGUUUACGCAGCGUUAAGUUCUACAUUAGAUAAAGUAACAGGAACAUAUUUCAGUAAUUGUGAAGAAGUUGAAGUCAGUGAAGCCGCCAAAGACGAAGCAACUGCUUCGUGGCUUUGGGCUGUGAGUGAAAAAUGGACAAGACUUAACAGGGCUUAAGAAACAAAUAAAUUUCAUAAUUUUA